AUGACAGCCACCAAGGAGCCGCCGAACCAGAGAUCGAAUCAGCUGCAGCAGCAGGAUGAGUCCUGCAAUGUCCGGGCCAAUGGAGGUCAGCAUCAGUCUCAGGACCUGAGUGGAGGGAGUCCUCCUCAGAGAAACUGGAAAGGGAUUGCCAUUGCUCUGCUGGUCAUCAUGGUGGUCUGCUCACUCAUCACAAUGUCUGUCAUCCUCCUUACUCCAGCUGACAACCAAGCUGGAAGUGACACCAAACUGACUGUGGAGGAUUUGUUCAAACCUGAGUUUCAGGUUCGGGACCCGGACCCCAGAUGGAUCAGCAACUCUGAAGUAAUUUACAGGAACAGUGACGGCCAUGUCAUCAAAUUCAACAUCCUCACAAAUGAAACAGAGAUUGUUCUGACAAACACAACAUUUAUCAAUUUCAACGUGGCCAAGUAUUCAGUGUCCCCUGACCUCAAAUAUGUACUCUUCGCAUAUGAUGUGAAACAGGUCUAUCGCCACUCGUACAUGGCUUCGUACAGCAUCUAUAAUAUUCACACAAGAGAGGUAUGGGAGCUCGACCCUCCAGAGGUGGUGAACUCUGUUCUACAGUACGCUGCAUGGGGAGUGCAAGGCCAGCAGCUGAUCUACAUAUUUGAAAAUAACAUAUACUACCAAUCUGAUGUCAAGAGUAACUCACUUAGAUUAACAUCAUCUGGAAAGGAAGGUGUUAUCUUUAAUGGAAUUGCUGACUGGCUGUAUGAAGAGGAGAUCCUGCAGACCCACGUGGCUCAUUGGUGGUCUCCUGAUGGAGAGAGGUUGGCCUUCUUGGUUCUUAAUGAAACUCUAGUGCCCAACAUGGCUCUACCUCGGUUCACUGGUAUGCCAUACCCAAAAGGAAAGCUGUACCCUUACCCCAAGGCUGGCCAGCCCAACCCAGUUGUUAAACUCUACGUUGUGAAUCUUUACGGUCCAACGCACACACUGGAGCUGAUGCUGCCAGAGUCACUCAAGUUGAGGGAGUAUUAUGUGACCGUGGUGAAGUGGAUCAGCAAGACCAAGACAUGUGUCAGGUGGCUGAACCGAGCCCAGAACAUCUCAAUUCUGACUGUUUGUGACACCACUACUGGAGCCUGCGUCACGAGACAUGAAGAGAGUUCAGAGCUCUGGCUUUCGAAGCAGAACCAAGAACCUGUGUUUACAAAAGAUGGCAACAGAUUUUUUCUGACUGUUCCAGUAAAACAAGGAGGACGUGGAGAGUUUCAUCACAUCGCCAUGUUCACGACCCAGUUCAGAGCAGAUCAAAAUGAAGUCCGACAUUUAACAUCCGGGAACUGGGAAGUAACCAAGAUCCUUGCCUACGAUGAGAACACCGAUAACCUCUAUUUUCUCAGCACAGAGGGUUCGCCGCGAAGACGCCAAGUUUUUAGUGUUAAAACCGUGGGGCUGUUCCCACGAAGAUGUAUUACAUCUGAGCUAAAUAAAGCCCACUGUCUGUACUUCGACGCUGACAUCAGCCCUACAAAUGAACACAUUAUCCUUCAUUGUAAAGGUCCAGGAGCUCCAACUGUUAUCCUACACAGCUUCAAUAAUUCAAAUUACUACAUCAUUGAAAACAAUUUUGUGCUGAAGGCCGCCUUGAAGUACAAACGGAUCCAGCUGGCUGACUUUAGAACGGUUCCAAAGGAACAUUAUGAUUUGCCUUUAAAGAUCUCUUACCCACCAGACUUCUCAGAUUCCCGUCAAUAUGGACUUCUGUUAGUCAUUGACGGCGCCCCCGGUGGUCAGGAAGUGAGUGACCGUUUCUCUCUGGGCUGGGAUUCUGUCCUGGUCAGUUCUGACGGCAUCAUCGUUGCCCGUCUGGACGGCCGGGGCAGCGGCUUCCAGGGCCAGAGGAUCCUGCACGAGAUCCACCAGAGACUGGGGACGGUUGAUGUUCAAGACCAGAUCGCAGCAAUAGAAUACAUGAUCAAAUUUCCAUACAUUGAUCGGACACGAAUAGCAGUGUUUGGAAAGGGCUAUGGAGCCUACCUCACCUUAAUGAUGCUCAAGUCCACUGAUAGGCUGUUCAAAUGUGCAUGUGCAGUUUCACCGGUGACGGACUGGAAGGUCUACGCUUCAGCGUUCUCUGAACGAUACCUUGGUAUGCCACUGCAGGAUGACAACAGAUAUCAGUUUUCUAGUUUGCUGCAGAAUGUUCAGUCUCUUCGGGAGCAGACACUGAUGCUGGUGCACGGCACUGCAGAUGCUAACGUUCACUUUCAGCAUACCGCUGAGCUCGUCAAAAACCUGGUGAAAGUUGGGGCAAACUACUCAAUGCAGAUUUACCCAGAUGAGAGCCACUUCCUGUCCCAGCCCAGUCUGCAGCACCUCUACGUCACGCUGAGCAGCUUCUACAGACAGUGUUUGAGGGAGGAGUUGCUCCAACUACCGGAGGAGGAAGAGGAAGAGGAGGAUUAAGAAGCACGAGGCUCGGAGAGUCAGACUUUUGACACUGGAACCAAUUUUAUGACAUCCACCUUUUGUGUUUGGAUCAAGUGUUUAGCCAGAUAUGGAUGUGGAAAAAGAGCUGGUGUGUGUGUGUGUGUGUGUGUGUGUGUGUGUGUGUGUGUGUGUGUGUGUGUGUGUGUGUGUGUGUGUGUGUGUGUGUGUGUGUGUGUGUGUGUGUGUGUGUGUGUGUGUGUGUGCCACUCCAUUGCAUGACUGUGUAUUUAUAAAUGUGUUGAAAACAUAACUGAAUGAUAAAAGCAGCAACACUUGGUUGCCGGGACUUGAAGUGGAAA